AUGCUCUCCACCCUCGCCGGCUCCACUCCCACUCCCACUCCCACUCCCACCAGGGAGAGGGACCCCUUCGCCAUCGCCCAUGCCCUCUCCUCCAUUGCCUACUCCUCGUCUUCCUUCACCUCUCCACCAUCCCUCGCCACGGGCUCAGGGCUCCACGCACAGUGCAUAAAGCUCGGCGUGUCCGCCGGCACCUUCACCACGAACCACCUCCUCAUCUUCUACAAGAGGCGCGGCCACCUCGCCGGCGCGCUCCGCGUGUUCGACGAAAUGUCGCACCGGAACCUUUUCUCCUGGACCGCCAUGGUGUCCGGCUCCGUGCGCAACGCCGCGCCUGACCUGGGCCUCCAGCUGUUUGUCUCCAUGCUCGGCAACGGCCUCUGCCCCAACGAGUUCGCUCUCGCCAGCGCGCUCGGUGCUUGUUGCCAGUCAGCGGUGGCCAACGCCAGGCUCGGCCUUUCCGUUCAUGGCCUCGCUGUCAAAGCUGGCCUGGAUGUCAAUCCUUAUGUGGGAAGCUCGUUGAUGCUAAUGUAUGCCAGGCAUGGGCGUACUGCUGCUGCGGAGCACGUGUUUGCAGGCAUUGUUUUCAGAGACCUGGCAUGCUGGAAUGCGAUGUUGGAGGCUUAUAUCUCGAAUGGAUACGCAUGUGAUGCGAUGAGGACAGUGGUUCAGCUGCAUCGCUGUGGAAUAAGGCCUGAUGUUUUCACCUAUAUUUCAGCUGUAAAGGCUUCUUCGAUCAACAGCGAGUUGAAUUUUGGGCGGCAGCUACAUGGUCUUGUCAUCCACAACAGGUUCGAAUCCAGUACUUCAGUGAUGAACGCGCUUGUUGAUAUGUACUUCAGAGCAGGACAUGGCCAUAGCUAUCUUUGGUAA